CUUGGCGUGUCUCAUUGCCUGAUGUCUCUUCUGCUGCUGUGGAGGCGGGUCUGUUGCGUUGUUUAGUUCGCAGCGCAGUCUGAGGAAGAUUCUAAAUCUGUGCCACUGGACAGCAGGGAGGAAUACUAUCCCGUACAAAGAAUAGGAUAAACUAAUACAGUUUUAAGAGAAACUAAAUAACAGCAUGUGGUAGAAAUAGCAGAGGUUACUGCCUGGCAGUUUACUCGUAAAGAAUGACCUUUCUGCUAACCUGUGUUCUGUUUACCAAAAACAAGUUCACACACAGAGAACCUUCCAAAACGAGCGAAAAGAAAGCUAUGAAAGUUGAAACUGCGCCCAUGUGUACUUAUAUACUUAAAAAAAAAAAAACAUUAUCAGGGUUAUACCGUUUGUGUUUGAACAUCUCGUUCUGAAGACGAGGGCGGGAAAUAUCAAUAUCGGUACACAAAACUCAGAUUAUAUAUCAGCGAAAAACACGCAGCGUCGGCGAUUCUGCUGUCAGUCACAGAGUCCCGGUUGAUGAAGGGUUCUACCAACUCCGGCAUGGUCGAGGGGGUGCCUGAAAUAAAAUUGCAUUCACUGGAAAAACUAGAACUACAAACAGCUUGUUUACAAUGUUACAGUUGAAAGUAAUGUUCAUUUUUAAUUAAAAGAUCUCUGAUAUCAUAAUUCAAUUUGCCAAACCGACCGGACCAGUUUGUAUUUUGUUAUUGGUAUAUCCCUCGUUCGGCUGUGGAAGGCAGACCCGUUGAGGAGAGGAGAUAGGAGAGGUGGAGUGUAUGCUAACGGCUCUCAUCUGAAGAGAAGAAAGGACACAUUCACUGACGAGACGGUCAGAGCGAGUGACUAGAGCACUAGAGCCGUGCUGCAGAUCCCACUGACAAUACCUGAAGACUGCCUUAUCUUGGUGAAAUCCAAGGAUCAAAGAUGGAGUCUGUUUACAUUAAACAGGAGGAGGUUCUGGAAUUGGUACCUAUUUGCAUUAAACAGGAGAUGCAUGAACUGGAGCCUGUCCACAUCAAAGAGGAAGAGACUGAACUGGAGCUUGUCCACAUCAAAGAGGAAGAGACUGAACUGGAGCCUGUCCACAUCAAAGAGGAAGAGACUGAACUGGAGCCUGUCCACAUUAAACAAGAGACUGAACUGGAGCUUGUCCACAUCAAAGAGGAAGAGACUGAACUGGAGCCUGUCCACAUCAAAGAGGAAGAGACUGAACUGGAGCUUGUCCACAUCAAAGAGGAAGAGACUGAACUGGAGCUUGUCCACAUCAAAGAGGAAGAGACUGAACUGGAGCCUGUCCACAUUAAAGAGGAAGAGACUGAACUGGAGUUUGUCCACAUGAAAGAAGAGACUGAACUGGAGCCUGUCCACAUGAAAGAAGAGGCUGAACUGGAGCCUGUCCACAUUAAAGAAGAGACUGAACUGGAGCCUGUCCACAUUAAAGAGGAGUCUGUUGACUUCUUGUUUAAGGAUUCAAAAAACAUAUGCCGUCUGAAGAUAGCACAUCAAUGUACUGAAUGUGGGAAGAGCUUCAGUAAGUUAGGAAACCUAAAAACACACCAGCAAAUUCACACUGGAGAGAAGCCAUAUCACUGUACUAAAUGUGGGAAGAGUUUCAGUAAGUUAGGAAGCCUAAAAAGACACCAGCGAAUUCACACUGGAGAGAAGCCAUAUCACUGUUCUGAAUGUGGAAAAAGGUUCAUUGAGACAGGAAGCCUAAAAACACAUCAGCGAAUUCACACUGGAGAGAAGCCAUAUCACUGCAAUGAAUGUGGGGUGAGCUUCAGUGUGUCAAGAAGCCUAAAAAUACACCAGCGAAUUCACACUGGAGAGAAGCCAUAUCACUGUUCUGAGUGUGGGGAGAGCUUCAGUCAGUUAGGAAGCCUAAAAUCACACCAGCGAAUUCACACUGGAGAGAAGCCAUAUCACUGUUCUGAAUGUGGGGAGAGCUUCAGUCAGUUAGGAAACCUAAAAGCACACCAGCGAAUUCACACUGGAGAGAAGCCGUAUCACUGUUCUGAAUGUGGGAAUAGCUUCAGACAGUCAAAUACCCUAAAAAGACACCAGCAAAUACACUGGAGCCAGACUCCCUCCCUUCCAGUCCCUCACCUCUCCAUCCUGCUUGUUUGAGUGUGGAGAGCUGACUGAUUUUUCUUUCUCUCUCUCUCUCUCUCUCUCUCUCUCUCUCUGAGAGCUAGCCUGAGUCCAGAGAUACUGAGAAGGGGAGCGUGUCAAACUGAAGGAGACAGACCCAUUCUUUCAGAAUGAACUGGAGAGCCCUGGGAUUCAGCUCCACUCCUGCCCCUGAAUUGGAAAUGAAUCUCACUCAUCAUGCUGUGAGGAUUUAGGACAAAGUUACAGGGUCAUUCUACUUAGAAGAGACACAUUGGAAAUAUAUGUCAAGCUUUUUCUCUGAACACUAAUGUGUGAUACGAACCCAAACACAUUAAACAAAGCUGCCAAUAACAUGAUUUUUUAAAAAUGCAAUUUGAGCUAUAUAUGGCAUUACUGUACCAAUGUUAGUGUGGACAGUAUAUGAUACAGAAGUGAAUUGUUUAAAAUAAACUAAAACUAAGAAUAUCUUCCUGGGUGUGGCAGCAAUGUGUGCUUCAUCUAACUAGGAUGGCCUCUAAGCUAUUGCACCAUUUGAAUGAAUGACUCUGCUUUGCUGAGUGUUUAAAUACUGAGACAGUCCAAGAUUGUUGUACACUGGAGCCCUGCUUCAUUGCAGUGGGAUUGAAAUACUAUGCCUAUCGUUACUUAAUGGAUAGAUUGCUGUAUGUAUACUUGUUAUGACAGCCACACAAUAGUAGAGCUGUAUAAAUAUACUGUAAAACAUGAAAGGUUUGCAAACCAUACAUGCUGCAACAUUUGCAUUAUUACUACAUUCAUAGUUUAUACAGUUUAUGAAUAAUUGAUAUAAACAAUCUGCAGAAUGAAAUUGCCUCUUUGCUUGUAUUUUGUUUUAGUAUGCUGUCAUUAGAGUGAUAAUACAGUAGCUGCUAAGGCAAGCCUCGCUAUUUAUAAAGAAUUUCAUUGACAUUGAGUUUGAGUACCUGUACGUGUUCCAGUAUCUCUGUAUAUAAAGGGUGUGUGAGAAAUUCAUAGUUGUAAUUGAAUGAUCUUUGUAAACUGACCUUUCAAGUCUUAAACUAUGAGGCUUCAGGUGCUGUGAUGUUAAGUUUGUCUUCCCCCUUCCUUCCUUCCCCCUUAACAUUCUCUAGAUCUGCUUCAAAUGACUAGAUAUUAGUAACAGAGGUUUGUAAAGAUUUGCAUUGGAGAAUAGUUUAGAUUCCUUGCUGUGCUGACCUGCCAGCCUGGUAUAAACAAACAAAGCUGAUGCUUGUCUUUUAAUAAGAAUGUCUGUCUGAAAUCAAUAUACAACUUUCUUUCAACCUGGUCUCACUAGAAAGCGUCGACUCAGUAGGGCAAUUUGUUUUCCAAUUUACGUUCCUGUGAGCACGCAUUCUUGCCACUACCAAUAAUGCAUCUCGGCUGCUUUUACCAUGGAAUUUUCAGAUGUAAGGGCAGCAGUGUGGACUAGUGGUUGGGGCUCUAGACAAUUGACCAGAGGUUCGUGGGUUCAAUCCCAGGUGGGGGACACUGCUGCUGUACCCUUGAGCAAGGUACUUUACCGAGAUUGCUCCAGUAAAAAUCCCAACUGUAUAAAUGGGUAAUUGUAUGUAAAAAUAAUGUGAUAUCUUGUAACAAUUGUAAGUCACCCUGGAUAAGGACAUCUGCUAAAAAAUAAAUAAUAAUAAUAAUAAUGUACUACGAAAUGAAACGAAAAUCAUCCAUUUUCCCUGCCAUUAAUUACACUACCGCUUGUGAUCUGGAAAAUUGCUAGGUAAUUAUAUUUUAAUUCAUUAUCUCAUUCAUUUUCUUUUCAGAAUUGUAUGACAGUAUCGUAUUGUUUCUUCGAGGCUUGGCAUGUCGUCAAAUGUGAAUAAAAUAUUAAAAAUACGUUAAAGUGAGAGCUAUAUGAAUGAUUUCACAAUGGCAUUUUACUGUUUAACGAAAGUUUUCGUUUUGUAUAUCGAAGGUAAGAAUAGCUAUAAGAAUGAUUUCACAGCGGCAUUAUACUGUACCGAAAGAGUUUUAAAUUGUUUUAAGGUUUAAAUCAAAUUGCAUGUUGAAGAUGAGAAUAAUUUGAGGGUUUCGGUGAAAUUUGUCUGGUUGCACAUAACUAACUAGGCCUAUGAUUUGUUUCACAACGGAAUUACUGUCCCGAAAUAGUUUUGAAUGUAUUUAAGAUUUAUUUCAAAUUGCAGUAAUUGUAG